AACUAUGAGAUCUGAAGAGAAACUGUUUCUUAGAGAACUAAAGCUUGAAACUCCCCGUUGAAACGCUGUUACGCAGUGAAGGUUUUUUCUAGGUGAGCCGUGUUUAAGGUGUGUUCACAUACCAGACACGCAGUGUGGAUGUGUGUAAACAGGUUGUGAAGGGAAGGAGAACGUGCGGCAUCAGGAGUUUAGCAUUCCUGAGUUUCUCAUUCAAUGGGACAUGCAAGGCAUCAAUUUACUGUCAUUCGCUUCUCGUGUAUGUUGUAAUACUGAAACUAAAUUGUUUAACCAUAUGAAAAACUCACAAAGCAUUGAUGCAUUGCUAAAGAGACAUAAUGGAUUUUUACAGUCAAUAUGCCAUUCAUCUACUGUUUAUGCAGAGAAUUAGCAUCCUUCAAAGCAAUGAUGAACAUCACCUCCAACCUCACCGAGCCCACCGUCUACCCCGGCGAGGCCAUGCGGAUUCUGCAGAUGAUUGUGACCGUUCUAAUCUUCGUGGUGGGUGUGUUUCUAAACGGUCUGGUGGUCUGGGCUUUGGGGAUACGGGUUCGCUGUCGGAGCCAGGGAACGGCUGGCGAGACGCAAGGUGCCGGCAGCUUCCGGACCUACGUAGUAAACCUGGCUUUUGCCGAUUUGGUUCUGUUGCUACGCACGCCGCUGAUGCUAUCCUACCUGGCGCAUAACUUCAGCUGGACACUGGGGGAACCCACGUGCAAGGUGGUCAUCUACUUGCGCUGUCUCGGACUGUACGCAAGCGCAUUCCUGCUGUGCGCCGUAGCGGUGGAGCGCUGCUUGUGUCUGCUCAGACCUGUCUGGGCUCGACUGAGACGCCCACGAUGGGUCGUGCGGCUAGUCUGCACCUUAAUCUGGGUGCUAGCGGCAGUUUUGGCCACUCCCUACAUAAGUACAGCCAAACUCUAUGUUGAUCACAAUCACACCAACUGCAUAGAAAGCGACGAGGGUUCCGGAAAGGCCUUGAUUGCAGUGGAGAACAUUGCAGGCUUCUUGCUACCUCUGGUGAUCUUUCUGUCCUGUAACAUCGCAGUGCUGUUUUGCGCGAAAAAGACGGAGUGCGGCGUUGUGGCGCCGACUUCUCCCACCUCUUCGACCGGACUGAGUUACACGUCCCAGCGGCUUACCCGACUCUACCGAGUGCUUCUCCUCACCAUGAUCCUCUUUCUCACCUGCUGGGUGCCAUACUUUACCUGUCGCUUCAUGAGGGCUGUUUCACCCAAACGAUCGCAGCUCUACAAAGGAGCGAUCGGAGGUGCGUACGUGGCGCUGUUUCUGGUUUACAUAAAGAGCGCGCUCAACCCCAUCCUGUAUGUGUUCGCGGCACGUGGAUUGAGCCGCACCGUGCGCGAAUCCCUUCUCUCUACGUUCGAGCGAGUUUUCAACGAUGAAUUUUCGGAUUCUUUGCGAAGAAAAUCCUUGCGAAGAAAAGACUCUCAGAUUUAGAGGGAGAGAUCGUGAAUCUCACGCUACAAGUUUCAAAGCAAAAAGUGCUUUCCUGUGAUCAGAUUGUUGCCUUGCCGAUACGAAACGUUAAUAAAAACAAUGUUAGCGAUCAUGGAGCAACAUAAGAGGCCUUUAUUCUCAAUGGACCUUUAUAUAUUAAAGACAUGAAAGGAUUUGGAACAUGUUUUUAUUAUUAUUCAAAUGAAUCGCGACACCAUCGUGUUGCCUUUGCGUUGAAAAAAACUCAACAACUAAUCAAAGACAUUCUACAGAACAGUGAAGUUCUCAGAUUCAGUAUUAAGAAAGCCGCAGGAAUGUUGUCUGAUAUCUGUGGAAGUAGGUAUGCGGACUUUAAAGUACGGUGAAACACUUUCAAUACUUUCCAAAGCUUUAAUCGGCAGAUCACAUAUAAAAACAAGCAAGCAUGUGAACUGCCCAACUAAGGCAUGUCACACAGAUUAGAUUAGAUAAGAGUUAAGAACUCACAUCCGGUAAAUGUCAUGUUUGUAAGGUGCUGUUACACAAUGAGUCAUUUUGAAAUAAAUAAGCAAUUAUUUUGUUAAACAACUGCUGUUGUCGUGAAAAAAAUAAAAAUCUUCUGAAUGG